UCCUAAAAUAUGUCCACUUCCAAACCUAAUCAUAACUUAACUACUUAACAUAUUAUUUAUAUUAAAUUUUACAUUAUUAUCUAUAGAUUUAAAAUAAGAAAAGAAUUGUAAAUUUGAAUCUCUAUUUCUCUCUAUCUAUUCCACCACUGAUGAAGAUGAAGUCUAAGAUUUCACAAGUCAAGAGAGAAAAUCAUGAAUUUUCCACCACUAACCUCCAACAUUCAUUCCUUUAUUUCCAAAACCAUGAUUUAAACACUUCUUCUUCUUCUUCUUCUUCUUCUUCUUCCUUCCGUCUUCUUCUUCUUCAACCCGCCAUGGAAAGCCCCUCUUCUUCUAGCUUUGUAAUAAGCUUUUCCGUUGUUGCCAUCCUCACACUCGCCUCUUUCGCAUCAUGUAUGGCGGCUGAAUUCAACAGGACGAAAAAAGAGGACCUGAAAUUGAAUGCAAAAUUAUGCUUUCUGCCUGAAAGUGAAGCAUUCAAAUUGGGAAUUGGAGGUUUGCUUUGUUUAAUAAUGGCUCAGAUCAUUGGAACUACCUUAAUCUGCCAUAGCUAUUGGCCUAAAGAGCAUAGAAAAAGCUGCAGUGUCAAAAAACCUCUGCUUUCCAUCGCCCUUCUCAUCUCUUGCAGGGUUAGUUUCGUAAUAGCGGUGAUAAUGGUGAGUGGAGCAACAAGCAUGAGCAGGAGACAAGAGUACGCGAAGGGAUGGGUGGAGGGAGAAUGCUAUUUGGUCAAAGACGGAAUCUUUGUAUCCGCCGCCGUAUUGGUUCUCAUUAACGGAGGCUCCACCAUCGCCUCCGCGGCCAUUGGGAUGAGGAGGUGGAGGACCAACCAUGUUAUUAAACCACCCAAUCAAAUACAUGCUCAGAUUGGCUAACAAAAACAAUAUUACACACCUCAUCAAUACAUUUUGUUUUUGUAUUUAUUUCAUUGUUGGAAUGAUGAACAAUUAACAAAAAAGAUGUCACCACAUUCCCAUUUAUAGUUUUUCAUUUUUUUUCUAUUUUCUUCUUUCUUCUCCUAGUUUGUAUAGUGCCCCAACAAAAGAAAAUACCAAUACUUUACAAUCUUUCACAUCAAAAUUAGAAUGUUAUCCUUGUUCAUCAUAUUAAUAUCUUCUUCUCUUUCCUGAAAGUGUGGUUAAUUCAGUCCA